AUGAUGGUGCUGAAGAACACGGAGAUGAACCCAGACUGGAAGAUCAUCACUGCGGAAGCCGGAAUCAGCAGAACCAGCAACGCGCAGCGCAAGUUCCGCCAAAUCAUCGAGGCAGCAGGGUACAAGCUCGUGAACAACCAGAUCGUGGAUCCGGAUGAGGACCAAGCGAUCGGCAACCAUUCCGCUGCGACUGCGACUGCGGCUGCGACUGCAACUCAGUCUCCGUCUCCGUCUCCGGCUCCGGCUCCAGCUCCGCAAGGGAGGAAGCGAAAAUCGGCUAUGAAGAAGGAUGCGACCGAGGAGGCGGGCGUCAAGAAGAGAAAGACAAGUCAGCAUGCUGGCGAUUCGAAGCGCGAUGGAGACGGUGAGGAGGAGAUCAAGGCCGAGGCUGCAGAUGAGGAAGUCUAA